GACACACAUACAGACGACUGACAACGGUGGUUUUCCUUGACUUGAAAGCUGCCUUCGACUCUGUUGACCGCGCCAGCUUGUGGCACUGCCUAUCCAUGAAGUGCGUGCCGGUUAAAUUCCUUUUCAUUCUUAAAUCUCUGUACCGUGACUCCCGACGCCGGGAAACUGUCUUAUGAGUUUAUCACGACAAGUGGGUUCGCCAAGGUUGUCCUAUAUCUCCUUUUCUCUUCAACAUUGUUGUCAAAUGAUCAUGAGUGAAUCCGUUCUUUCAGACUACCGGAGUGUAAGUUGUACCAAGUGACUGUCCGAAAAACCUGGAGUAUGCGGACGACAUAGCUCUUCUUGAGUUCAAGGCAGUGGCUAUACAAACACUGUUGAAUAAACUGACGCGUAGCGCUGCACGCUUCGGCAUGUGCUUUGCACCUUCAAAGUGCAAAGUUCUGCUGCAGGACUAGACUGACACACCUCCGAUUUUAGCCAUUUCCGAAUCGGUUCACUUACCUUGGAAGUUGUAUCACUGGUGGUUACACCACUGAAGAGAUUACUUCGCGUGUAAGCAAGGUGCAUGUGGCUUUUUAGAGGCUCAACCAUAUGUGAGGACGGCGGGGUAUCAGGUUUCUAGUGAAAGGUAGGGUGUAUAACGCUGCGAUAAGGCCUGUGUUACUGUAUGAAUCGGAGACCUGUCCAGUUUGUAGUGAAGAUAUUAAACGCUUGGUUGUGUUUAACCACCGGUGCUUGAGGAGUAUUGCUCACGUUGGUGGGAACACCGGGUGAGCAAUGCUGAGGUCCGCCAGUUCGUUUUUGACACGAAGCCUUCUGGAGCGUCACUGGAGUGUUUGCGGAAUCUUAGUAGUUUACAAUGGCUAGGCCAUGUCAUCCGUAUGCCCGUUGAUCGGCUUCCUCAUCGUGAUUUAUACGCCGUGGCUGCACCAAUUUGUGUGAAACCGCGAGGGGACCAGUCCAUGACAUGGCAGAGACAUGAGGAAACUAACUGAGAGACUUGCUCAGGUGGGUACGUGCCGUCUUCGUAGAUGGGGCCUCGGGAUGGUCUACACCAAUGGUUCGAGACCGUAUCUGACAUGGUGCAGUCACGCAGUCAGUGGCGUUCUUGCAUCUAGUACUUAAUUUGCGUUCCAUUUUGAUUAGUUUAACGCACUUCCUUCUUGCUUCCAUUUUCUUGACAUUCCAUUUGCCUUUAACCCCACUAUCUUGCCGUUGUUAUUUAUUGUCAUCCUUGCGAUGUGAGUCGUUGCAACAAGCUCCACCGCACUCCGGUGCUCGAAUCAUAAUUGAUCAACUGAACUGAACUGAGUGGAUUGCUAUUCGCGGUCUUAAUCUUCAUCACAAUUAAUUUUGGAAUAGACCUCGAUCAGCGGACAAUUUUUUGAUUAACGUUGCUCACAGAGUUGUGAUGUACUAAUGAAAGCACUACCUACUAUCUUCACGUCCUAGCUGUGAGUUUCAAGGUAGCUAUCUUCACCUGAAACGUCCGAACGAAGACUAAACUGGUCGCCGAGUGCCGUGUUGAGAGACGGCGACUUUGCCAUUUAUCAGCUUCAGACACGACCAGGUCGAGGUCUAAAGGAUCACAAGCCUGUCUUGUACUUCAGCGGGCGCAUGUUCGAGUCUGCCUAGGGACCGGGCGACCCUCGCAGUAUCCGUAGCCCACGCCCAACUGCUGGUUUUUACGCGGCAGCGAAGCGUCGGUACUGCGUACCGGCGUACUGCUGAUACCUUUAUACCUUCAGGCACGGACCCAGGGAUCAGACUUGUCGAACUUCGCCAUGCGGUAAAGUACGGUUCAACUUGAGAUUGCAUAUAUAUAUUCUCGCAACUAGCACUGCAAGUUAGGCAAUGAACAAGCGCUCAACGGCUUGAGAUCUCUUGCAUUUUAGAGGCUAUUGUGAAUGUUUAAUUAUGUGCAUCUCAGAUGGUCGAGGUUGUCAGUCUUUUUUAGCCUGGUAUGUACGACGAUGCAUCUUGGGACGAUAGUGACGUACGACCUUUUGAUUGGGAUCAGUCGGAACAAACUCUUCCGCCAACUCCACUGGCCGUCAGUUGGUAAAUUUUAUAGUGGUUGCUAUUCGACAAUAUUUGCAUAUAGGGACCCCGUGGCUGAUGCCAUAGAUUCAGGUAGCUAUGUUUACACGUUCAAAUAUGUGCAGACCAUGAGCCACUCGUUUGUGGAGUUUGCCAUA